GAAACAUGCUCCUUUGCCUGUCCCCUGCAUGGCUGAUGAAGGUGGCAGUUCCAGGCCAAGAGGGUGAGGCGUCCCUGCUGGUCUCCAAGGCCGUGAGCUUCUAUCCAGGAGGCCUGACAUUCCUGGAUGAUUUUGUUCCCCCUCGGCAUGCCACCUACUUCCUGGCAGGCCUGGGGUCAGAAUCUGGCCAUGGCAGGGAGGCGGCAGAGCUGGCUCGGAACCUCGCUUGCCCCACAGGAGCCUCAGCGGAGCUGGCACGACUGCUGGAGGACCGGCUGUUGACUCGGUGGUUGCUGUCCCAGCAGACCGGUGUGGCGGUGCCAGCUACCCUGGCUUUCACUUAUAGGCCUCCAGGGCUGCUUCGGGGAGGGGAUGCCAGCCCUGGACUACGGCUGGUGGAGCUGAGUGGGAAGGAGGGCCAGGAAACACUGGUGAAAGAGGAAAUAGAGGCCUUUGUGCACUCGGAGGCCUUGGGUGAAGCAUCACAGGUGGCUGUGAGGCUUAGCGGCUGGCGCUGGCGGGGACAGCAAGCAUUGCGCCUGCACCUGCGGGUGGAGCCGUCUGCAGUGGUGAACACGGUGCUGGCAUUGCUGGAGAAGCUGGAGGAGGAAGAGAGUGUCCUUGUGGAGGCCAUGUGCCCACCUGCUCGCCUACCUUUGCCAGGCAGUCCCGCACCUGGCCCCGAGCUGGCUGUGCGAGCCUGCGCAGUGGUGUGUCGGAUCCAGGGUGAUAGGCCCCUACUGAGCAAGGUGGUGUGCGGUGUGGGCCGUGGGGACCAGCUCGUGCGGCAUCACAACACCCUGCCGAGGACACUGGAGGUGGCCCUGGCCCAGUGUGGCCUGGAAGAAGCGGCGCAGGUGGCGCUCCUGGGGCAGCGCAUCAAAGAAGCAGCAGAAGCUGCGUUGGCCGCAGUGCUGGCCCUGGAGGCCGGAUUGAGUGUUGAGCAGCGCGGUGGGCGCCAAGUGUAUAUCGACUUCCUCGGCGUGGACUUCGUUCUCACAGUGGCCGGCCGCACUCUGACCCCCGUGGUCCUUAAGCUGAACAGUGGCCUGUGCCUGGAGGCGUGCGGCGCGCUUGAGGGGCUAUGGGCCGCGCCGCGCCUGGAACGCUCAGUGAAGGAAGCGGCGGCAGCACCGCUGGUGGAGACCAUGCUGCGGCGCUCGGGGCGCCGCCUCAUGGAAGGAAAGCAACUGCUGGUGAUCGGCGCCGGCGGCGUCAGCAAGAAGUUCGUGUGGGAGGCGGCGCGCGACUACGGACUGAAGCUGCACCUGGUGGAAUCGGACCCUAACCACUUUGCCUCCCAGCUGGUGCAGACCUUCAUCCACUUCGAUGUGACGGAGCACCGGAGAGAUGAGGAGAAUGCACAGCGGCUGGCUGAGCUGGUACGGGCACGCAACCUGAAGCUAGACGGCUGCUUCUCCUUCUGGGAUGACUGCUUAGUGCUUACCGCUCUGCUCUGCCGUGAGCUGGGUCUGCCCUGCAGCCCUCCAGCUGCCAUGUGCCUGGCAAAGCAGAAGAGCCAUACCCAGCUACACCUAUUGCGAUGUCUGGGCCCACCCUGGCCUGCGACCUCCCUCCAUGCUGUGGCCUGCUGCCCAUUGGAAAGUGAGGCUGAUGUGGAGAGAGCCAUCGACCAGGUACCCCUGCCAGGUGUGAUGAAACUGGAAUUUGGCUCAGGAGCAGUGGGUGUGCAGCUGGUGAAGGAUGGGCCCCAGUGCCACGAGCACUUUUCCCGGAUCCUCCAUGACUUGCAGGGUGAAGCUGACCACCCAGGCAUUGGGCUGGGCUGGGGCAAUGCCAUGCUGCUGAUGGAAUUUGUCGAGGGCACAGAGCACGAUGUGGACCUGGUGGUGUUUGGUGGACGGUUGCUGGCUGCUUUUGUCUCUGAUAAUGGCCCCACAAGGCUGCCUGGCUUCACGGAGACUGCAGCCUGCAUGCCCACUGGGCUAGCACCAGAGCAGGAGGCCCAGCUGGUACAGGCAGCUUUUCGCUGCUGCCUGGGCUGUGGGCUGCUAGAUGGAGUUUUCAAUGUGGAGCUCAAGAUGACUGGGGCCGGACCAAAGCUCAUUGAGAUCAACCCACGCAUGGGAGGGUUCUACCUUCGAGACUGGAUCCUGGAGAUCUAUGGGGUGGAUUUGCUGCUGGCUUCUGCCAUGGUAGCCUGUGGCCUGCAGCCGGCCCUGCCUGCCCACCCUCGUGCCCGUGGCUACCUGGUGGGCAUCAUGUGCCUGGUGUCCCAGCACAUAGAGAUGCUGAGUUCCCCUAGCAGUCGAGAGACUCUGCAAGCCCUCCAUGACCAGGGUCUAUUGCGACUCAACCUGCUGGAGGAGGCCUUGAUACCUGGCCAGUAUGAGGAGCCUUACUGCAAUGUGGCCUGUGCUGGGCCCAGCCCUGCUGAGGCCCGUCUCCGCCUGCUGGGCAUCUGUCAGGGCUUGGGCAUUGACAGACCCAACUACCCAGUUGCCCAUUUCCUGUCUCAUUUCAAAUAG